CGCACACACUCCCAGUUCUCGAGCAUUCACAUAACUUUACUGUAGAGACCUCGGCGCUGCACAAAGCGCUGUGCUGACCAUCAGAGAAGAAGCUAGCCGCCCCCUCCCGCCGAAAGGAAAUGAAGAGGAGGCUACAUAAGAAAUACUUGAUUUUGAUACUGGCAUAUUCAGGUUUACUUCUGCUAAUCCCGUACGUGUUAGAUUACGGGGAUAAAUCCUAUCAACGCGGGAAGCAUGGACUGCCGCAGCAACAGCCCAGAUGCCCAGAUUUGGAGAACACGGUGGCGCUGCUGUGGGAUAACGGUUACAGACUCAACGGCAGCGACACGACGGAGUACGCCGUCAACAGGAGCCAGUCACGGAUGAACAUCUACCUGCAUGCCACCUGGAGGACCGGCUCCUCGUUCUUGGGGGAGCUGUUCAACCAGCACCCCGAUGUUUUUUACCUGUACGAGCCGAUGUGGCACAUAUGGCAGGCUCUGUACCCGGGGGAUGCGGCCAGUCUCCAGGGCGCAGUGCGGGACAUGAUGAACGCCCUGUACCGCUGCGACUUCUCCGUCCUCAAACUUUACGCCGGCACGCAAAACAUCACCACCUCGUUCAUAUUCGGCUGGAAAAUGAACAAGGUGAUAUGUUCAGAGCCGCUGUGUGGUGCGCACAAGCGGCACGAUAUCGGGCUGGUGAAGGAGGACCAGUGCGCAAAGUGCCAAAAGAGGGACAUCAGGGAGCUGGAGAGGGAGUGCAAAAAGUACCCAGUGAUGGUGAUCAAAGGAGUCCGCGUCUUGGACCUGAGCACGUUGGUUCCUUUGAUGAAGGACCCGGCGAUCAACCUCCAGAUUAUUCAGCUCUUCAGAGACCCGAGGGCCGUGCACAACUCGCGCUUGAAGUCCAAGCAGGCCCUGGUGAAGGAGAGCAUCCAGGUGCUCAGGAGUAAGAAGCAGACCGACAAGUACAAGCGGCUGCUGGUGCCGAGCAACAGGGUGAACCGGGCUGAGAGCUACGUCUCCAGCGCCAUGGAGCUUAUCUGUGACAACUGGCUCAGUGACAUGAUGCUGGUGAUGAACGCGCCCCCUUGGGUGAGGAGGAACUACCUCCGCAUCCGCUACGAGGACCUGGUCCUCCACCCCAUGGAGGAGCUCCAGAGGCUCUACCGCUUCUCCAACCUCUCCACCUCCCCUGCUCUGGAGAAGUUUGCACUGAACAUGACGCACGGACAGGGGUAUUCAUCUGACAAGCCCUUCCUUAUAUCAUCUAGGGAUGCAAAAGAGGCUAUAUAUGCCUGGAGGGAGCGGCUCAGUGUGGAGCAGAUAAAUCAGGUGGAGGCCUACUGCAGUGAAGUCAUGAGGCAGCUGGGCUAUCAGAGAAACAGCCUGGACAAAACAACAUGAGGAUGUGGCAUGAGGAAUCGAUGGGUUAAAGGGGCCUGGUAUCCAGGGCUGAGGGCAAAAGGUGGAAUAACAACACAAGCAGCUGGAAUGUGGUCCACUGGGAGCUCGCGAGCACAACUCUGGGCUUGUUUUCCCUCAGCCGGGUCGAUGAACUGGAGAAAAUCCAAGUGGAAAGAGCAGCCAAUCACAGACAGAUGAAUCUGAAACAGGAAGAUGGCAGCUUAUUUUUUACAGUGUUACCUGGAUAACACCAAAAGGGUCUGUGCAAAUAGAAAGAAUGCGGGGAGGGGAAAUAAACCAGAAGAGAGAGAUGGGGCUGUUUUGUUCUGCCGUCACACUGGCCAGCCUCCAUCCCUCUGUCCUUUUAGUAGCACUAAUCCCUCCUCAAAUCCCCUGCAGGCGAGAGGCGGGCCAGAAAAAGCCCAAGAUGGGUCCUUCUCUGGAGGCGACUGCCAAGAUCCAGGGUGGCAGCGUCAGGUUCGCUCUCACCUGCGCGACUUAUCCGUCCAGUCUAUGACUAAGUGUGGCAGCAAUCUCGAGCAUUACUGAUAUCUAACUGCAACUGGCUCACUAACAGUGCUAAUGUAGAGCUUUCGAAGAAGAAAGUACUGUAUUUACUGGAAAAGAGGUCCGACUGAGGAACGGUUGUUCCACCCCCGGCCCCUCAGGAAUCCGGACAGCUGCAGCGCCCCACUGACAAAACAUUCGCAUGGGUGUGAAAUCUUUGAAUAUCCCGUGGACGUGUCUUGGAGAGCUGCCUCUGUCCUCUGCCAGUGAAUUAUGAAAAAGGUUGUCACAAAUACAACAGAUGGUACUGAUUCAUAUUAGGUGCCGUUCUUACUGUUUAUAGUUUUUGUUUGAAAAUGGUGUAAAAUGCUGUGAUAUCCCUCUGGUUAAAGGAUGUGUCGGGGGAGGGGUAAAAUAAUUAUCGGCGUCCACAUGUUCAACUUUAGAAGUUGGUUCUGUAAUAAUUGUUCUGGCUGGAAUAUCUGAAGUUCUCUUGUCAAAGAAGGAAAUAACUUUUAGACCAUUGAAACUGACUGCAAUAAAGAGUUAGUAAAAACUAGAGAA